AUGGUGGGGCGGAUGAAAGAUAAGAGCGGAGCACUUGGGCGUACCGCAACUGGUAUCUUUGGUCCGGGUCUAGCGAAGCCAUCUCUGAAGGCCAGUCGAAAGACAAGCCUACCAAGUGUUAUGGCAAGUCCAGUGAAAGGUGGAGGUGGAAGUACCGUCGACGAUAAUCAUAUUACCAAUACGACCGUCGAUGUUUGGGGUGCGGAAGAGAAUCUCGGGCAGGGGAAGCAACCCGAUGUGGCAACCCCAUCUGUACCGUCUGGCAGCCCCGAAGAACAGAAUAAGGAGGCCGACCUCGUGAUCGAAGAACUAGUAGGCCCAGCCGAUAAAGGCAAGCAACCCGAGAGGUGGGACUCACGCCGUGCAUCAAGCGCGUUGCAUGCUUUAUCGCGAUCACUCUCUGCUCUCCCGAAAACUCCGCCAAAGCUAGUUGCAGUAGGCACGCGUACAGGGCUUCGAUCAUCGAGUAGUACGUACUAUGGCGCAUCAAGUGCGGGUUCAGGGUCCAAAUCUGCGCAGGAUAUCAAGGAUAGAGACAAGCCUAACGAAGGUACAGAUAACGCAGCUUCGCAGCGGAAUGCACCUUCAAAGAACGAUGCCGCUGCUAGUCCCAUGGAAGGUGGAAGCGCAGGUAAUUUUGUUUUGAAAGUGUUAAAAAAAUGUGCAAUAUUUGUGGAUGUGCGGACGGAUGACGGUGAUGACGCGGGGAGUCUGUUCGUCGACAUGUUGAGAGGGCUGGGUGCCAGAAUACUUGCUCGUGUUGGGCAGAGCUGCACCCACAUUGUAUACAAGAGUGGUUCAGCGAGCACGCUGACGCGAUAUAGGCUUCUGAAUGACCCCAAACCACUCGUCGUUGGCAUCGCAUGGGUGGUGGAGUGCGUUGAGCAAAGAUCCAGGGUAGAUGAGGCGAAGUUCAAAGUUGAUCUAGAAAUGGUCAACGUUGCGGGUACCAACAAGAAGCGACGUUCUAUGCUUCCGAGGCAUAUGUCACCCGGUGCUGGGUCAAAUUUCAUUUCAGCCAACCCCUCAUCGGAAGCUGAUGAUAAUGAGGGACAACGACAGUCAGAUGAUGGCAGUGGCUCGCCAGCACAAGACGCAGAUACAAGUAUCAGGUCUGUCAAAGAUGGAGAUGACUUGCCACCGCUUGAACGUGCACGAAGGCGACGCAGCUUCCUCCCUGGCGGACAGACACGGCUAAUUUAG